AUGUCCAGCCGCCGAUCGAUUGACGCCAAUGGGAAUCUCAUCUCUCUCGAUGAUCCACCCGCCAGUGGCGGAAGCGAAGCACAGAGUCUCCUCCAUACGAUACAGUCCAUGCAAACCGUAGAUGUCUUUGGCUUUAAUCUGCCGGCCAGACAAUUUUGGAUUGGAUUGGCCGUCGUUAUGAUAUUCAUGGGACUUCGAUUAGCAAUUGGAUGUUUAAUAGCAUUGGGAUGCUAUACCGCCUACAUGAAAUCUACAGGUAAUGGCAAUUCGACAAGUGCUUGGUCUUCUCGAACCACGCGUUGGCGUCCAGGGAAUGGCUCUAGUAGUGGUGGCUCUAGUAGUAAUAUUCGAGGCAUAUCCGAUCUGCCGUGUGAUCCCAAAGUGGGAUGA